AUGAAUGUGAUUUGGACAUUUCUGUUUUGGUUACUCUCUUUUGGAAUUAUUUCCAAUGGGUUGAGUACAAAUGUUUCUUUGCGACCAGCAGUUGUCAACGUUGGAGCUAUUUUCUCGUUCAACUCUACAAUUGGAAGAGUUGCCAAGAUUGCGAUUGAAGAGGCUGUUAAAGAUGUUAAUGCUGAUUCCAGUGUUCUCCGUGAGACCGAUCUCGUUGUGAAUAUUAAUAAUUCCAAUUGCAGUGGUUUUCUUGGCAUGGUUGAAGCUUUGCGACUUAUGGAGACUGAUUCUAUAGCAAUUAUUGGUCCACAAUCUUCUGUGGUUGCCCACAAUAUCUUGUAUGUAGCAAAUGAACUCCAAACUCCCUUCUUGUCAUUUGCAGCAACAGAUCCUUCUCUCUCUUCUCUUCAGUUUCCUUAUUUUAUUAGGACAACACAGAGUGAUCUCCACCAAAUGAAUGCGAUUGCUGAAAUUGUCGAUUAUUAUGGUUGGAGGGAGGUAAUUGUGAUUUUCCUUGAUGAUGAUUAUGGAAGGAAUGGGUUAUCUGCAUUAGAUGAUGCACUUGCAGCCAGACGCUGUCGAGUUUCCUACAAAGAAGGAAUUCCCCCAGGGGAUGUCAGUCGGAGUGGCAUCAUGGACAUUCUUGUCAAGAUUGCAAUGAUGGAGUCUCGAGUUAUUGUUCUGCAUGCAUAUCCUCCAGCAGGAUUAAUGAUUUUUUCAGUAGCACAGUUUCUUGGAAUGGUGGGUGAUGGCUAUGUUUGGAUAGCUACAGAUUGGCUUUCCACUGUGUUAGAUUCCUCUUCCCCUCUUCGUUCAGAGACCAAAACAGAUGAUAUGCAAGGAGUUCUUGUUUUGCGUCAGCACACUGCAGAUUCAGAAAAGAAGAGAGCAUUUUCAGCUAGGUGGAACAAAUUAACUGGUGGUUCUUUAGGGCUGAAUUCUUAUGCACUCUAUGCCUAUGAUACUGUUUGGUUGGUUGCUCGUGCUAUUGAUUCAUUUUUUAAUCAGGGAGGAGUGAUUUCAUUUUCCAACGAUUCCAGCUUGCAAUCUUUAGAAAGGAGUGACCUUCACCUGGAAGCCUUGAAUAUUUUUGAUGGAGGCCCACUUCUUUUGAAGAACAUAUUGCAGAGUGAUUUUGUAGGCUUGACAGGGCAUGUCAAGUUUAAUCCCGACAAAUCUCUCAUUUAUCCUGCAUACGACAUUAUAAACAUAAUCGGAACUGGUGUUCGUCAAAUUGGUUAUUGGUCUAACUAUUCUGGGCUGUCAACUGUGCCUCCCGAGAAUCUGUAUUCAAGGCCACCGAACCGUUCAAGUGCAAACCAAAAACUAUAUAGUGUUGUUUGGCCUGGGCAGACGGUAAGUAAACCUCGUGGAUGGGUUUUCCCAAGUAAUGGGAAGCUGUUGAGAAUUGGGGUGCCCAACCGAGUUAGUUUUCGAGAAUUUAUGUCUCAAGUCCCGGGUACUAAUACUUACAAAGGAUUCUGCAUAGAUGUAUUCACAGCUGCUGUAAACUUACUGCCGUAUGCUGUUCCUUAUCAAUUCAUCCCCUAUGGAAAUGGCCAUGAAAACCCGAGCUACACCGAACUUGUGAAUUUAAUCACAACACAAUUCUUUGACGGUGUUGUUGGCGACAUUGCCAUUGUGACAAAUCGAACCAAAGUUGUGGAUUUUACCCUGCCAUUUGCUACAUCUGGACUUGUUGUAGUAGUCCCAUUUAAGAGGUUGAGCACGGGAGCUUGGGCUUUCCUAAGACCGUUUUCUGCUACACUGUGGGCUGUUAGUGCACUUUUCUUUCUUCUUAUCGGAAUAGUGGUUUGGAUUUUGGAGCAUCGGACCAAUGAUGAGUUUCGUGGACCGCCAAAGAAGCAACUGAUAACCAUUCUAUGGUUCAGCCUCUCAACUCUAUUUUUCGCGCACAAAGAGAAUACCGUGACUACCCUUGGCCGUUCAGUGCUACUCCUAUGGCUCUUUGUAGUUCUGAUAAUUAACUCAAGUUACACUGCUAGUUUGACUUCUAUCCUUACAGUGCGAAAGCUCUAUUCUCCUAUAGGCGGAAUUGAAAGCUUGAAAAAGGGUGAUGAACCCAUUGGUUAUCAAGUGGGCUCUUUUGCAGAACAUUAUCUGACUGAGGAAAUUGGUAUAUCGAAAUCCCGACUCAGAGCCCUUGGAUCACCAGAAGAGUAUGCAGCAGCUCUUCAACGUGGUCCCGCAAAGGGGGGUGUUAUUGCGGUGGUUGACGAACGCCCAUAUGUAGAGCUUUUCUUGUCAAGUCAGUGCAAGUUCAGGAUUGCUGGUCAAAGCUUUACGAAAAGCGGCUGGGGAUUUGCAUUUCCACGGGACUCUCCCUUGGCCAUUGACUUAUCUACUGCAAUUUUAUCACUAUCUGAAAACGGGGAUCUCCAGCGAAUCCAUGACAAGUGGUUAACAAAAAGCACAUGUAGUUCGGAUAACACUGAAAUUGAGUCUGACCGCCUCGAGCUGAAGAGCUUCUGGGGCCUCUAUCUUCUAUGUGGAACAGCUUGCAUCAUUGCUCUUGUUAUAUACUUUGUUCAGAUUGUACGCAAGUAUAGGCAAUGGGUCACUUCCGAAUCCAUUUCAGAUGAACAAGGGACCCCACAUUCUAGACGCCUUCGGACAUUGUUAUCAUUAAUGGAUGAGAAGCAGGAUCAUUCAAGUAGAGAUGCAAAAAGAAGGAAAAUCGAUCAAUCAUUGUCUGAAUAUGACGAGGAAAAUGACCUGGGACGGGAUUCCAAACAGAGACACUCGCAAAUUUCUUCUGAACUGGCAUCAACUUAA